AUCAACAAAUAAUGCAAAUGAAAACUUAAAUAGUGUUUACAACACAAUAUUUUAACAACUAUACAUUUAUAUAUGUAUAAGAAAAGUUCGAAAUGUCAAAAGAAUCUGAGAAACCAAAGGUAUUGCCAGGCUGGGCAAACUUUGCCAUAGGCGGUCUGAGUGGAAUGUUGGCAAACUGCGUUGUACAGCCAGCCGAUUUGACAAAGACUAGAAUGCAACUUCUCGGCACGAAAUCAAAAGCAACUGUCGUGGAUGUGGCGAAAGGAAUUCUGGCCAAGGAAGGUUUUCUUGGAUUCUACACCGGGCUGUCUGCCGCGUUGUUCCGCCAGGCCACGUACACCACUGGUCGACUUGGAUGCUUUAACGCUACGAUGGAUUACUAUAAAGGACUUUAUGGUACACCGAGUUUUGCAGCGAAAAUUGGAAUUGGUAUGGUAUCUGGUGGAAUAGGCGCCUUCAUCGGAACACCGGCUGAAGUGGCGCUGAUCCGCAUGACGGCAGACGGGCGUCUUCCGCCGGAGCAGCGAAGAAACUAUAAACAUGUGUUUGAUGCUCUAGCAAGGAUAACUCGAGAAGAAGGUGUGACGACAUUAUGGCGAGGAGCUGUGGCUACUGUGACCAGAGCCAUGAUCGUGAACGGAGCUCAGCUGGCUACUUAUGCGCAGGCGCGUGAAAUGCUGUUACCUUCGAUGGGCGAUGGACUACCGUUGCAUUUCGUAUCUUCAAUGAUAUCGGGUUUCGUGACAUCGGCGGCAUCACUACCACCAGAUAUUGUUAAAACGAGGAUACAAAAUGCCUCUAAAAGUGCAAGCCAGAUGGCCGUGCUGACAAGCAUUAUAAAGAAUGAAGGUGUUCUUGCGUUGUGGAGCGGAUUCAUUCCGACCUACGCGAAGAUCGGGCCGCAUACGGUCUUCACAUUUAUAUUCUUAGAGCAACUGCAAACAUUAUUCUUCAAGUAUAUGAUGUAAUGGGAGUGAUAUAUUCUUGACUUCUACCUCCCAAACAUUCGAUGGUAUAAUCCCCAGAGAUGGCGUGGCGAUAGCGGGCAGUCGUGGGCAUGCAAAACAGUACUUCUGAUUGGUCAUUUUUGUACCUGACGUCACUAAAAUGACGACCUGUUCCCAUCCUAUCGCGCGGAGAUUAUACUUACGAAUCCUAACGAGGUACGAAGUCGAUUCUCUUUAGAUUUUACGUACGAUAUUCCUAUAUUGUGAUUCGUGGUGUACUUAGUGUUGAAGUUUAAUCUGCAUGGGUUUUCAGAAUCUCUUCCUGUAUAAAAAAGAUGUAGAUAACAAAAUUUGCGAACGAAUUUAUCCUUAUUCACUCAUAUUAACACUUUGGGUGCUGAAAGACAUCAGCUGUGAUUUAUCGACCAACGGUGUGGUGCGUUGUUUACACAAAUGGUUCGUUUACAGAAAUACUUAUGUAAACAAUCUGGUAUAUUUUCAAGUGAUAACCCACACUUCUGGGUUAAUUACACAAAUAAAAUUUGAAAACAAAAUUUGAAAGAGCGACAACUCAAGUCAAUUUCCUAAUAUGCAAAUAGGGGUUGAGCAGGUUAUCAACUGUAAAGUAGAUCCUGUAGAUAAAGCCACAACCUGAGAUUUGAACAGAGCAUACAAGAUUUUUGAACUUUACGUCACACGAACAGUUGGCUCAGUUGGAAGAACGCUCGCACGGAACGCGAGAGGACGCGGGUUCGAGUCCGGCAUCAUUCAUAAAUCUUGUUUUCAAAUUGUAUUUGUGAAAAUACUUAUGUCUGUUUAUUGAAAGAUUUAAAAUACUUAUCCUAAAACCUGGGGAAAACUCAUUGACGUACCUACUAUAAAGAACUAAACUCCCAAUUGCCUAUUUAAAAGGUCGUCAAAAAUGCCGAGCUUAAAUUUUACAGAUAACAUUUAAACAUUCAAAUUAACACCUUAUUUCGUGGCAAUAAUGUUUAAAGUAUAUCGUAUACGCUCAUGGUGGCCGAGGUCUCCUUCGCACAUUUCGUCGGCCUAUGUAUUUUGUUUUCAGCAAUUAAAAUGUAAUUAUGUAGCAAAAUGAUUCAAAACCUCAAGUUAUUUACAUAAUUUUGUUAAUUUAAAAGGGCACCUGUUUACACGAAAUACGACACUCCAUCCUUUUUAAGCUUGGAUAUGCUGUUAUUUUUUCACUGAACACUUUGUCAUAACGUGGCGUUGUAUUCAAAGCGCGGUCGAAACUCUACUUUAUAGACGGUCACGCAGAGUUUUGCUUCAGACAAUAAUUGUUUAUUGUACGUCAAUGGGUAAAACACUAUUAUACCUCACAUAUGAUCAUAUAGUCGUGAUGGCAAAUAUUUACAAUUUAGAAGGAAGAGAUUAACACAUGUUUUUAACAUUACACUAUUGAAAUGUUGCGUUGGUUAUUUUGAGUUGAAUUUUUAUGAUUUUAUUGUAUUAUAGUAAUAAAAAACAAACGCUUAAUUGAUAUCGUUUAUUUUAGACACAGCCCAAAGU